AGUGAGGAAGAAUAACGUUCCUGAGCCGCUAAGUAACGCCGAGUACGUGUGAACCGGGGCGGGUUAUUAGUUGUGAGCUUCUGUGGACCGAACCGAGCCUGUUCACAGCGCCCAGUGAGCUCGAAGCUGCCCCUCCCAGUGCGGCUGGGGUCGUAGCCAGUUUGCUAACUUUCUGAAAAUGUGGCGCGGAGUGCCGGACGUGUAGGACAUGGAGAGCACGGCGUCUGGGUGCUUUCCCAGAUAUUCCUGGCUGGAUUUUCUCUUCGCUGUGGUCGGAGUUUGUACGUUUUUGUUCGACAUCGGUUCGGACGUGUGGCUGGCCAAGGAGUUCUACCAGCACGGAGAGUUCUUCUGGUUCGCGGCGCUGCUCGGCUUCAUGCUGGUCUCCUCCGCGGUGGUUCAGAUGUUCAGCUGGUUCUGGAUCCAGUACGACAGCCAGCUGGACAACUACGACUUCCAGACAGCCGGCAGGAGAGUCGUUCUGUUCGGGAGCCCCAAACGGGUCAAACUCACCUGCUUCCUUCAUAUCUGCCAGCUGGGCUUCUUGCUCAGGCACAUAUCAGCCAUCUGGCUGGGCUUCUGCGUGUGGUGGAGAGGAGAGAAGGGCUCGGAGUAUGCGGUGUAUCUGACCCAUGAUCUGAGCAUGCUGCGACUCAUCGAAACGUUCUGCGAGAGCGCUCCUCAGCUGUCCCUCAUGAUCUACAUCAUGCUCCACAACAACGAGGCCAGGACGAUCCAGUAUGUGAGCAUGAUAGCCUCCACGACGUCAAUAGCGUGGAUGGUGGUGGACUACCACCGCUCACUGCGCUCCUUCCUGCCCGACAAGAGCAAGCAGGGGUGGCUCUCUUCUGCGUUCUACUUCCUGUGGAACCUCCUCCUGAUCGCCCCGAGAGUGGUCACUGUGGCUCUGUUUACCUCCGUCCUGCCCCGCUACAUUGCUGCUCACUUCCUGUGCCUUUGGCUCGCUUUCGUCCUCUGGGCCUGGCUGCAGGACACUAACUUCAUGGACACUCCUGCAGGAGAGUGGCUUUACAGGGCCACCAUAGGACUCAUAUGGUACUUCAGCUGGUUUAACGUGGCAGAAGGUAAGACGAGAGGGCGGAGCAUCAUUUAUCACUUCUUCGCUUUGACGGACAUUGGAGUCUUGCUCUUCUCGUGGUGGUGGCUCAGGGAUCCAGAAACGACCCAGUCGUACUCGCUGUUCAUUCUCUUUCUCGUUCCGCUGUCUUACGUCUUGGGCCUCCUGGUCAAAACGCUGUAUUACUGCAGCUGUCAUCCAACGCUGUGGCAGCCGGUGGGCUCGAGGAAAGUUCCAGGUGAUACCCCGGAUGGAGCUGUGGCUCUGGUUCAAGCGGAUUCUUCCGCCCCGGAGGUUGUAAACAAGAGAAUGGCCAAACACGUCAGUAACUUUUACAGCACAAGGACUCUCCCUAAGACUGAAACGAAUGGAUGAGGAGAAAACAGGGUAGUUUCAGGACAAGAAAACAGCGAAAUUAGGUUAACCUUGCAAAAUAGUCCAGUCAAGGUUAGGUAAUCCAGAUUGUGUGUAGAUCUUGACAAAAAAAAAAAAUAGUAUUUCAUUUGAUCUAUCCAUGCUCCACUAGGGCUGAACGAUAUGGUCACAUUUUCCUGACCGAUAUUCUGACUGCAAUUUAAGUUGUGAUUAGUUUCUAUAAAUUAAGGCCUGUAUUUUUGACCGAGAUGACCAGAAAUAUCCACAGUUCCUGGCUAAAUUAAGUGUCCCAGAUUGCCAGUUAGCUGUGUUUUUGAUGUCACAGCACAUGGGUGCUCUGAUUGGUUUGCUUUGAUUGGUCUGACUGAUCUAUGGUCAGCUGAUAAGCUGAAAUACAGGCUAAUAACUGAGCUUGCAGCUCUUGUGACUUGAAAUUUGCACUCUUAUCAUCUUACUCUUGAAGCAUUAAUCUUUCAGGCCUUUGCUUUACCCACAUGUAUCUUCUCCUAGCAACUAGGCUGGUUAGUAGGAUGGGUAUUUACUCAUAUUUGGUAAAUAUACUUAUUAUGACUACCUCCUUGUUUCUACACUCA